GACGCUGAGCACCGUAACCGGUUGCUGUACCUGGCCCCUGGCCUAGACCCCAACAUAACAGUUACAGAAGGCGUUAUGGAGCUUCCAAGCUACUAGGUGGGUGUGGUAGUGGGUUUAAUGUCCAGUAGUGAAGUAUGUGCUUUUAAUACAUACUCACACUUGCUCAUACUUCACAUUAAUAGAAAUAAACUCUAUAUUAAUAUUGUUGAAGUGACUUGUGAAUUAUUUGUAUGUGAGGCGGCCUCAUGUCAGGUGAGGUGAAUGACGUCACAGGUAGUUGACCCAUCAGGCCAAGCUAGUCAAGAGGCGCGGCGGGCAGUGUGGCGCGGGCCGGCGUGGGGAGAGGUGCUGCUCAGCGCCCGCCUCAUUGGUUUUACUAAAUUAGUCACCUGGACAGUCCUGUGCAUGAGGUUACCUGCGUCAGGCUUACAGGUAUGUACGAGGGUGCAUCAAUACAACGGCACUGCAGGUAUGGUCAACCGGACCCAAGAAAUUGGUCUCGUACAACAGCACUGCAGGUAUGGUCAACCAGACCCAAGAAAUUGGUCUCGUACAACGGCACUGCAGGUAUGGUCAACCAGACCCAAGAAAUUGGUCUCGUACAACGGCACUGCAGGUAUGGAGGGAUUAAAGUUACGUGGGAAAACUUUCGAAUCGCAAUUGGUCAUAAUGUAGUGUGUAUAUAUUCCCACAAGUACAACAGGUGAAGGGAACUAGUUUAAGUUUAACAUGUUAUACCUUGCAGCGGCGGCCUUCUAAUAGGUAUAGCCUAAGAACUCUGCAUUAACCACUUCAGAGUGGUAAACCAUUCUUCUGGCCAGUAAUUUGAACAUUUAGUUGUGGUGUAACAUGGGUUAAUGUUCUUCUAACAUUUUUGGGUACAUUUCAAUGCUCUUCCCUCUCCAUCCACCCUUCUGUUAGUCUUUACUAUCCCACCAGUCCAAUCAAUUAUAAACACAAAAAUUACCCAAGAGGGUGAUGUUGCAGCUGGGGUUAGAAGGAAAGUUUGUGUGAGGGGAAAGUGCCGGGGCAUAACCUAGCAAGCUGAAUAUACCGUCAGUUUUGGGAGGCUGAGCACUUGCAGCUACGUGGCCAUCAUCCGCAUCUUGCACAAGGUAUUGGUAGCCCCAGAACGCUGCAGCAAUUCUGCAAAUUGACAAAUAUUGUGGUCAGGCGGCAGACACUGAAGUGUUAGAGGUGAACAUUCCUGGGUCUCCGGAACGAGGUAACGUGGUGCUUCAGGUUUGUUGUUAGUGCUAACGGUUCCUCAUUAUUAGGGGGAGAAAAGAUUAUAUAAUUGGCGUAUGAUGCCUUGCCGGAUUAUGUAAUUGUCGUUUACUGUAGGGCGCCCGGCCGGACCCACCCGGGAGGACGGUUGCCAGGUACUGCUGCUGGUUAUACUACCUGUGCUGAGCCAUCUGGACGUCGUGUUCCAGGGACCUGCCCGAAACGCUACGGCACUAGUGGCUGUACAAGAAUGUAACUACUCUUGUAUAUAUCUAAAAAAAAAA